AUGGCAACCGAACAACCCAAGGUAGCGACCGAAGAAGCAAAGAUCGACCUGUUUGAAGACGAUGACGAGUUCGAGGAGUUCGAAAUCGAUCAAGAGUGGGAGGACAAGGAAGAAGGAACAGAUAUAACUCAGCAAUGGGAAGAUGAUUGGGAUGAUGAUGAUGUCACUGAUGACUUCUCUCUGCAGCUGAGGAGGGAACUGGAAGACAACACUGAUAAGAAGUGA